AUGACCCAAGAUUUAACUGAUUCAGAGGACACUGCCACCUCCUAUCACCGCCGAAGCCAGCCGCACCGCGACCAGACCCACAGUGCGGUGGAUUCGAGUCCGCCGCGGCAGCGCAACAGGUCGGACGCUCAACAAGUGUCUCCGGAGCGAGCGGCGAGCAGCCAGGGAGCAGCCGGGCAGCAGGUGCCCCUCCCCCGCCACCGCCCCCGCUCUCACCUGCCGGCCGCUGCGCACGGCUCGUUUCGUCCUCGCCGUCCUUUUUCCGACCGGCCGCUCUCCGCUCUCUGGCCCUCUCGCUCUCGCGGUGUCCGCGUCCGCAAGAGGCUGACGCCGCUCGUCUUCAAGCAGCACGUGCCGAACGUGAACGAGGUGUCGCUGGCGGCGGCGGGCAAGCCGGAGAAGCGCGUCACGCGCAACGACGAGCGCUUCCGGGACCUCGUGCCCAACUACAACGCCGACAUCAUCUUCAAGGACGAGGAGGGCACCGGCGCCGACAGGCUCAUGACGCAGCGGUGCAAGGAGCGGCUGAACACGCUGGCCAUCUCGGUGAUGAACCAGUGGCCGGGCGUGCGGCUGCGCGUCACCGAGGGCUGGGACGAGGAGGGCCACCACUCGGCAGAUUCGCUGCACUACGAGGGCCGCGCCGUCGACGUCACGACGAGCGACCGCGACCGCGCCAAGUACGGCAUGCUGGCGCGGCUCGCCGUCGAGGCGGGCUUCGACUGGGUCUACUACGAGUCGCGCGCGCACAUCCACUGCUCCGUCAAGUCCGGUGAGUACCCCGCCCGCCUCUCUGUCUGUCUGUCCAUUACUACGUUUCUCUCCAGCUAG